GCAUUGGUGUGCAACAGUGGCAUAUAUUUUCGGAAAAGUGAAAUAUUUUUAACUCCAUUAAUUUUCUUUGUGAUAACAUAAAAGAAAAAAAUAGUGAUGCGUUUCGCGGCCAUUUGGCUGUUGGCGGCUACGGCCGGUUUAACAGUUUUAGGACUGAGUGAAGCGAAUAUUCUUGGUGGGCAGCAAACAAUGAACAAAGCCACUCAAAUUGCUGGCAACAACAAUGCAGUGACCAGUUUAUUAAAUGUUGAUCCGCAAGUGAACGUGGGCGCCAAUGCCUUGAAUGCGUUUUCUCAAACAUCUGGUGGUGCUGGAAAUAAUAUUGGAGGCCAGCAAACGCAAUCUGCUGGUACUCGCAUUGUUGGUCAAGGAAAUACUGUCUCGAGUCUCGCAAAUGUCAAUCCUCAAGCAAAUGUUGGCGUGAGUCUCUUAAAUUUUAUCUCGCAACAACCCUCUGGAGCAGCGGGCGGUGGCAAUAGUGGUGGAGCAUUUACUAUAAUUAGCAGCCCCAUCGAACAAGAAGCAGUUUAUACAUACAGUCGUGCUGCAUCUAGCCCCGGUAGAGCAGCUAGCAGCCAAAGUGGCAGUGUUCAAGCACAAACCCUGACGUAUCAAUCACCGGUUGAUCCGCGCGCGAAUUUUUGUACUCAAUACUUAAACUCGAUCCGUUAUGUAGGCCCUACUAACAUUGGCAGUGCGGCAGGAAAUAAUCUUGGUGGCACCCAGACUCUAAACAGAGGUGCCAAUAUUUUUGGAGAUGGAAAUAGUGUCACGAGUCUUAUUAAUGCCGAUCCCCAAGUGAAUGUUGGCCUCAAUCUGCUCAGUUCAAUAACACAAACGCCUUCUGGCGCCACUGGUUCUGGAGGUGGUGCAUUGGGAGGCUUGGGUGGUGGGACUAAUACCAUCGGUGGCAGGCAAACCAUGAGCAAUGGCAACAGUAUUACCGGUAGUAGCAAUCGAGUCUUCAGUUUGUUAAAUUUGGAUCCUCAGAUAAACGCAGAUGUAAACGCUUUGAACUCUAUCAGACAAGAAUCAAUUUCUGCGGCUCAAACUCAAGAAACUUUAGCACUUAUUGCCAAUGAUCCGCAAGCGAUUGCUUGCAUACAAUACUUAAACUCGAUCCGUCGUGUGGAGCCUACUAGCACUGCCGGAGCAACAACAAGUUUUGGUGACAGUCAAGUUCAAAAUACUGGUGCCCCUACUAACCUCGGCGGUGCGGCAGGAAAUAAUCUUGGUGGCACCCAAACUCUAAAUAGAGGCACCAAUAUUAUAGGAGAUAGAAAUAGUGCUACGAGUCUUAUCAAUGCCGAUCCCCAAGUGAAUGUUGGCCUCGAUUUGCUCAACUCAAUAUCACAAACGGCUUCUGGCGCAACUGGUGCUGGAGCAGCAGGCAGUGAAAACGGUGGAUUAUUAGGUGGUCCACUGGGAGGAUUGAGAGGAGCAACUAAUACCAUCGGUGGCAGGCAAACCAUGAGCAAUGGCAACAGUAUUAUCGGUAGUGGCAAUCGAGUCUCCAGUUUGUUAAAUUUGGAUCCUCAGAUAAAUGCAGAUGUGAAUGCUUUGAAUUCUAUCACACAGCAAGCAGUAUCUACAUCCAGGGAUACUGGAUCUUCUUCGGGUAGAACAGCUAGCAGCGAAAAUGGCGGUGCUCAAACUCAACAAGGUCUAACGACUCUCACUACGGACGAUCCGCGCGCGAAUUUUUGUACUCAAUACUUAAACUCGAUACGUCGUGCUAACACUGGCAGCGCGGCAGGGAAUAAUCUUGGUGGCACGCAGACUCUAAACAGUGGUGCCAAUAUUGUAGGAGAUGGAAAUAGUGCUACGAGUCUUAUCAAUGUCGAUCCCCAAGUGAAUGUUGGCCUCAAUCUGCUCAGUUCAAUAACACAAACGGCUUCUGGCGCAACUGGUUCUGGAAGUGGUGCAUUGGGAGGCUUGGGUGGUGGGACUAAUAACAUCGGUGGCAGGCAAACAAUGGAUAAGAGCGCCAGUAUUAGAGGCAGUGGCAAUACAGUCUUCAGCUUAUUAAAUGUGGAUCCUCAGAUAAACGCAGAUGUAAACGCUUUGAACUCUAUCAGACAAGAAUCAGUUUCUGCGGCUCAAACUCAAGAAACUUUAGCACUUAUUGCCAAUGAUCCGCAAGCGAUUGCUUGCAUACAAUACUUAAACUCGAUCCGUCGUGUGGAGCCUACUAGCACUGCCGGAGCAACAACAAGUUCUGGUGACAGUCAAGUUCAAAAUACUGGUGCCCCUACUAACCUCGGCGGUGCGGCAGGAAAUAAUCUUGGUGGCACCCAAACUCUAAAUAGAGGCACCAAUAUUAUAGGAGAUAGAAAUAGUGCUACGAGUCUUAUCAAUGCCGAUCCCCAAGUGAAUGUUGGCCUCGAUUUGCUCAACUCAAUAUCACAAACGGCUUCUGGCGCAACUGGUGCUGGAGCAGCAGGCAGUGAAAACGGUGGAUUAUUAGGUGGUCCACUGGGAGGAUUGAGAGGAGCAACUAAUACCAUCGGUGGCAGGCAAACCAUGAGCAAUGGCAACAGUAUUAUCGGUAGUGGCAAUCGAGUCUCCAGUUUGUUAAAUUUGGAUCCUCAGAUAAAUGCAGAUGUGAAUGCUUUGAAUUCUAUCACACAGCAAGCAGUAUCUACAUCCAGGGAUACUGGAUCUUCUUCGGGUAGAACAGCUAGCAGCGAAAAUGGCGGUGCUCAAACUCAACAAGGUCUAACGACUCUCACUACGGACGAUCCGCGCGCGAAUUUUUGUACACAAUACUUAAACUCGAUACGUCGGUCAGCGCCUGCUAACACUGGCAGUGCGGCAGGGAAUAAUCUUGGUGGCACCCAGACUCUAAACAGAGGUGCCAAUAUUGUAGGAGAUGGAAAUAGUGUUACGAGUCUUAUCAAUGCCGAUCCCCAAGUGAAUGUUGGCCUCAAUCUGCUCAGUUCAAUAACACAAACGGCUUCUGGCGCAACUGGUUCUGGAGGUGGUGCAUUGGGAGGCUUGGGUGGUGGGACUAAUAACAUCGGUGGCAAGCAAACAAUGGAUAAAAGCACCAACAUUAGGGGUAGUGGCAAUACAGUCUUUAGCUUAUUAAAUGUGGAUCCUCAGAUAAACGCAGAUGUAAACGCUUUGAACUCUAUCAGACAAGAAUCAGUUUCUGCGGCUCAAACUCAACGAACUUCAGCACUUGUCGCCAAUAAUCUACUAGCUAUUGCUUGCACACAAUACUUAAACUCGAUCAGUCGUGUGGAGCCUACUACCACUGGCGGAGCAGGACGAAAUAAUAUUGGAGGUUCUCAAACUCAAAACAGCGGUACUAAUAUUGAAGGUUCAAGCAAUCAGGCAGGCGGAGGCGGCAGCGGCGUGGGCAAUAAUAUUGGGGGCAGGCAACAAGUGAAUGAUGCAACCGUAAUUCGCGGCGAUAAUAAUCAAGUUAGCACUAGUGGGACCAGGAUAUUUUGGCCUGGUGAUGGUGAUUUGGAAUGUGAUAUUAAUAUUGGCGGCCAACAGCAGCGUAAUUCCGGUACGGACAUUGUUGGCAAUAAUAAUCAAGUAUUCAGUGGAGCCGAUAUAAGUCCUCAAAUCAAUGCAGAUCUUAAUAUUCUGAAUAGUGUGAGGCAACAAGUUCGUUGUAGACCGAAAGCGUCAACACUUCCUCCGACAUUACCGCCCACACUUCCUCCAACACUGCCACCCCCGCGCCCUCCAACAUUACCGCCCACACUUCCUCCAACAUUGCCACCCCCGCGCCCUCCAACAUUACCUCCCACGCUUCCUCCGACAUUACCGCCCACACUUCCUCCAACAUUGCCACCCCCGCGCCCUCCGACAUUACCUCCCACGCUUCCUCCGACAUUACCGCCCACACUUCCUCCAACAUUGCCACCCCCGCGCCCUCCGACAUUACCUCCCAUGCUUCCUCCGACAUUACCGCCCACACUUCCUCCAACAUUGCCACCCCCGCGCCCUCCGACAUUACCGCCCACGCUUCCCCCGACAUUACCGCCAACACUUCCUCCAACAUUGCCACCCCCGCGUCCUCCGACAUUACCGCCCACACUACCUCCAACAUUGCCAACCCCGCGCCCUCCGACAUUACCUCCUACGCUUCCUCCGAUAUUACCGCCCACACUUCCUCCAACAUUGCCACCCCCACGCCCUCCGACAUUACCGCCCACACUUCCGCCAACACUGCCUCCUAUAUUACCGCCCACACUUCCUCCAACAAUUCCACCUUUUGUGCCUCCAUUCCCACCGUAUCCCCAUCCAUACCCACCACAUGUUCCCUAUAACUAUCCACCAGUCCCACCCGCACAUUAUUAUACGCCAUCAUCUGCACCAUCAGCACGGACCAAUUGCUUUGAAAUAAGUGAUUAUGAUUUAGCUGGGAAUAAGGAAAAAACCCGUAUAGUGUGUGUUCCUCGUCCCUCAGAUACGGGUCCUCAAAUAGUUUUGCCAACUAUAUAUCCGCCAGCACCAAUGCGACGUUGCUAUCGCCGUCGUUGCAAUCAUCAAAACAAAUCACCGGAUACUAAUUGCUGUGUUUCAAAUCAGUCUGACGAAAAUGCUCCUGUGGACUCUUCCUCUGGAGAAACGGAUUCAGAAAGCUAUGGGCAGGUGGAGUCACCAUCCCAUUUAAGAUACGAUGACUAUUAUCAUUAAUAUUUUUUAUACCUGACAACUAAACAACAUUGAAAAUAAAUGCUAUUCUUUCUCACAAA